AUGGUCUUUUUGGGCCGGCCGUCAGAGGCGUGCUACCCCUGUCGCAAGGGAAGACUCAGGUGUGAUCGCCUGCAGCCCGGAUGUACCCAGUGCUCCCGAAAGCAGAUAGUUUGCCCCGGCUACAGGGAUCCUUCGGAAUUCUACUUUAGAGACGAAACCGCCAACGCUGCUUUUAAGGUCCAGAACAGGAAACCAAGGAGGCGUUUGCCCGCCAAAACGAAGCAGCAAUCGCAAUCAGUGGCGGAAGCAGAUGCGCAGAAGCAACAUGCAGGUUCGAGCGGUACUCCAACCAUAGCGGCCACACCAAGGCAAGCUGUUGGGGCUUUGGUCAAUCACUGGUCUCCAUCAAGUUCAUCGUCCUCAACUCCACCGUCCGACGGUGAGGUGGUUCGCUAUCGAACAAUCUCGUCGCCUAUCAAGGAUUUAGCACGCACUUAUUUCAUGACCGACUACAUAGCGACUUCGCCAUUUGAUUAUCUACCUAAACUCUGCCCUUAUGGAUUGACAGGAAACGAUGCCAUGUCAGCGUCAAUACUGGCUGCCAGCUUUGCAAGUCUGUCGCUGAAGAUAUCGGAUCCAAAACUCAUGAAGCAGGCUAGAGUCCAAUACGCCAGCGCACUAUGUCAAACGAAUCAAGCACUUAGCUCUCCGAAACUUGCCGUCGAGGAUAGUACUCUAGCUGCCGUUCUGCUCCUGGGACUGUUCGAGGCUAUCGUCUUUUCCGGCCAGCAGUCUAUGGAUAGCUGGAACCAGCACACGCUUGGAUCCGUAGAGUUAUUACGCCUGCGUGGAAGUCAGCAAUUCGAGACCGCCCUCGGCCGCAAGCUUUUUGUUCACUCUGCAAAUAACAUCCGCACGAGUUGCGCGCACAGUAAAACACCUGUCCCGACCCGAUUCAUAGCGCUUUACGAUGAUGCGCAGCCGUAUCUUGAUCACAACGAUCCCUUCCUCAGAGUCACCCCUGUUCUCGACAGAGUCGCCAUGCUACGGUCAAGAAUAGCCUAUUUGGAGGACUCAGAGAGACAUGAGGUUCUUGUCGAAGCUCUGGAUCUGGACGCGGCGACAGCGAAGCUUGGGCAAGAAGUCUCGGCAGAGUGGAGGUUCACGGCAAGGAACCCGUAUGAGAAGGCACCAAUGACAUACAAGGGAAUAUCUUUCCGCUAUCCUUCCCUUCGAGCGUUGCGGUACUGGAACUCCUUAAGGAUCAUUCGCAUGUUUCUCAACGACCUUAUUUGGAUGCAGGCAUCCUUGAUCCUCGCUCAGGGGCCGACAUCAGCCAGUGUAGACUACUUUGCCAUGCAGGAGGCCGCGACGCGGAAAAUGUCAACUCUGGUGGUCGAGGUACUCGCCAGUUGUGGCGAAUAUCUAGAGACAACGGAAGACCGAUUUUCCGUGACGGCGAGAUGCUUGAUCUGGCCAUUAUCGGUCAUUGCUGAGAUAUCCAUCACGCCCCCAGACGCCCGGCGAUUCGCUCUCGACUGCUUGGGCCGGCUGAGCCGCGACGGCCGUAUCCCACGACCGAUUGAAGUCGCAAACACAAUGAUGGGCCUCCAGGCAGACUGGUAA